AUGGGCGUCGAUACCCGCAGACCGAUCUUACCCGCCCCCACUGAAUCCAUUGUCGACACGACUGGUGGCAGCGCAACAGCAACUGAUCUGGCAACUGACAUCUCGCGGCGCACAGACAAGUCCUCCUACUCCAUUCCAGACGACGGGAGUCCUGUCACCAUCUCCACCCAUCGGAAACACCGCCCCCGCGCGGAGGAUUCCAAACUGUCCCACUCAUCCCACCACUCCCAGACCUCCCUGCUCAUCGAGUACUUCGAGGGCGGGAAGGGUUCUGGCGCUUUAGUCUCGCGACCGAGCGUGCGAGUGCGAGUCACUCCCUCCGCCGGCCGGAAACACAAGGAGCACGUGCAGAUCACCGACUCCAGCGGGAAAAAGUCAUACUCCCGUCGCAUCUCCUUCAGCUCGCCCUCCAAGCAAAAGUCGCAGGGCGAACACGCCGGGGACGACCAAAGUACCUCAUCGAGUAUCGGCACCGAUGAGAACCAGCAGUCCUCGAGUCGUCCGCCAGUGGAGAUCGAGCUCAUGAACCGUGACCACACCAGCGAGCUCUCCACGCUUUCUCGUGACGCGAGAUACAUUCACCCCACCUCCGACAUCUCGUCGAUGCCGGCGGAUAGUCUGCUCGAAGCCUCAUCAUCUGGUCCACGGCGGAAACGCAGCCAGAGUCUCGAACGGGAACAAACCCAGGAUUCCAAGGUGUACCUGAAGACCCCUUCGCGACAAAGGAGUCGCAGCCUGAGUACUGAACGCAUUGCUCAUCGCGUAGCCGAAAAGCUCAGCAACGAUCCCCGCGAGGUCGCUACCAGCAAAGACCCACAGUCCGAGAAGUACAAGGGCGAUCCCCAGCAGGCCGAUCCUAAAUCUCCCCGGCGGCGACUAUUCCGAGAAGAAGAUAUGAGUCCCGAGUCCAGUCUUCUCAGCGCUUCGGCGGUGUCCUCGCGGCGUCGGUCUGGCGAUCAAUACUCCAUCCGCUCCGGUACCUCCAAAUCCUCCAUCAACAAUCCGAAAUUACUGGAAACGGUCGAAGAUGCCAUCCGGAGAUUGAUCUUGCCCGAACUAAAGGAGCUCAAAAAGGACCAAAAAGUCAUUUCCAAUACGUCCAAAUUCGAGCGAGACAUGAAUGCCUCCUACUCGUCUACCAGCUCGCCCAAAGACGAACUCGGUAGACGCCUUUCCAAGCACGCCAGUGCACCCAACGUCAGGAAACCCAAGGUCGUGCUCAACAAAGAUAGCCGCGACGAAGGCAUCGUGCUGUCUGGAGAAUCAGUUCCGUCGCAGCAAGAGCGAAGGCCCAGCAAAGACACCGACACAACGUCAGAUGGAAGUUAUGUCAAAUGGGCUCAGCGCCCGGAACUGUCUGAGCAAGAUAAGCUGCGCCGACAGAGAAGCAAGGGUCUCCGCGAUGCUGAAAAGGCUGCAAUUGUCGGGUCCGCUUUGACUGCUGCCGCACUCAAGCACCAUGACUCGCGCUCCAGCAUUGACAAGAACGAAGGCAGGAAGGCCAGUGGCUCCAGAAGCCGCGCUGGAAGCAUCAAUGAGACCGAGCUGGUCUUCCGAAAACACAACGUAGCGCCCAUGCCGUUUCGCAGUGCAAUCGAAUCAGACAUCACGAGGGGUUCCCUUCUUUCCGAGCAGACAGCCGAGCCCACUUCACCUCGCUUCGAUUCCAAAACCCAGGACACAACUCACGGGUCACCGAGACAGCUCGCGUCACCCACUUCCCGAACACCCACCCGCACACCCUUGGAUUCGCGGUAUGAGCUCAAACAUAGCAACCUGUCAAGUCACAACUUGUCGAUCCAUAGCUCUUCUGAUCACGAUCUGCGGGAGAAGAGCCGCUCGCCAGGGAGUGAUGCUUCUGCGGGAGCUAUUGCUGCGGCUGCAGCGGCCAACCUACUAGACGUCCACUCUGGACAUCGUGGCUUGGAUUUCAAUGAUAUCAGCAACCGUCGGCGAACGCUCAGCCCAAUCCAAAGUGUUGCUAGCAAUCAAAGUGAAUCUCACAUCAGACAAGACUCCACCCACCAAGGUGAGCAAGGCUCCUUGAAGGACGAAAGGGAACUCGAGCCCCGCCUUUCCAUAGAUUCGCUUUCCUCCGCGCCCAGCACCGAUCUCGCGCGAUCGACUCGUGAUGGUCCCAGCUUUGCGAGUCAAAGCGAGAUUAUGCGACACCACAAAUCUGGACCCGAGCUGGGAUACGAGCAGUCCCCAGGACAAUCGCCUCGGCCUAGAGAAUGGCAAGAAUACUCCGAUGUGGAAGGUGAACAGGAUUAUCGAAACUCUAUGGCGGAGACCACCAGUACUGAGAAUCGACGAAUGACCGGUUACACAGAAGAGAGCGAUGUCGACUACAUGGAGAAAGUGAACCAAGGUCAACCAGUUGCUGGGAUCGGGGCAAACCCCCAGUAUGUUCAUCCAGUGGCAGUAGAGUCGGCCGUUGCGUCUCUUCUGGAUCCGUCUAUCCUCGAUACCAAAUCCAAUCAGUCGGGAGGAAACCGUUCUCAGGCGAGCGAGCCUCGCCAGCUUGGAGAUCAGAGCCCCAGGCCGAUGGAACGGGGCUUACAGACACCUCAUGGGAGUCGCCAAGGAAGUCCUCUAAAGCAACGUCAGGAUGCGAGCCCGGACGCGACCUCUUUCCCCCGACGAAUGGGUGCGACUUCGCCUCCGCAAAGCGUCACCCAGUCGUUGGAUGACCAAGCUGAACCCUCGCAUAUGUUCAUGGAUCCUCUUCACGAUGGCAGCCCCCCAGGUGGCCAUAGUCCUGACUCAGAGUCCGAGAUAAAUACAAACCCCUCCAUCAUCCAAGGUCCCGCCCACGAAUCCAAGUGGACUUAUGAUCACACUCCUCCUAAGGGGGCGCAAUCACCUUUGUUCGAUAAUGCCAAUGUCGCUGCAGGCAGUGCAGGCAUGGACCCAAUGGAGAAAUCAGGGUACAAUCAGAACUAUUAUGCGGAAGAUGGCUACGAAAACGAUGGUUACUAUGAUCAACAGUAUCCCAGAGGCCAUAUGUUCGAUACGCCAUCGGGGCUCAGAGAUGAGGGAUAUGUCUCGGCUGCCAAUCCUCUCUCCCCGGGCGCAGAAACGCCUGAAAUGGCUGAUAAAGGGUUCGGCGGAAUUGACGCUAAUGGCAUGGGCUUGUUUGACAACCCUGCCGGGGCCGAUGAUCAGUUCAUGCCGUCUCACCAGCGACAAGUCAGUGGAUACUCCCACGGAAUUGGCUCUCCUCUGUAUGACAGUGCUACCGGCCGUGGAAUCGAUCAGAUACAGUCAAAGGACAUCGUUGCUCUUAUGGAUCAUCUUACUGUCCGCGAUGCCCAACGGAAUGCUCGUGAUACUGAGAUAUUAGUGACCCUAGUCCGGAGUGCGGCCGAAAUGCGCAACUCUUUUGAAGAGAUGAAGAAAUUCAUCGCUCAACAAGAUGGGUUGCUGAUGGAAGCCAGCGAUAAGCAGCACGACAGGACAUACAGGGCCCUUGGCGGACCGCGUCCCCUGCCGGCCAGCGGCGCAAGAAGCGUUCGUCAGUCCACUAUGGACGAUGGCGAUGACAUGCGUUCGAAGCGGAAGAAUGUCUUUAAGCGUGCGCUCAAAGGUCUUAGCCUCAAAUCCUCCAACGACCUGACAAAGAUUGAGGAGAUGUUGGAACAGCUGCUUGAAGAGGUCGAGGCCCUACGGGCUGGCCAGGAUGAUCGAUUCCCCAGCAAUGGCAACCGAGGCCCCAGCGUGGACCCUGAAGGCUACGAACCGGAAGGCCAGGCUGGAACCGCCUCCUCUGGAGCUCAUUCUGGAUACCUCUCAAUGUACGCCCGUCCAAUGCCGGAUUCCGGUGCAAAGGCACCAGGUGUCAGCAACUCCCUGGAGACAGGGGAGAAGCUGCGACCCGAUGAUCGUGGGGCGUUUCUGAGCCCGAACCCAACGGGCAACAUUAGUAGCCAACAGGAAAGAGCUGGAUCUGAGCCUUUGUCGAGCCCUCCGCGAGUGCCUGUGGCUUCGGGCGCUCUCAGUAACGAGACCACCCCGAAAACAAAUGAGAAGACACGGAAGCACAAGUCAAGCAGUUCCUCAUUCUUCCCCAAGAUAUCGCGAUGGUCCAAGACCACAGCUUCCUCGAUGGGGGACAACAUCCGACACAGUAUACAGCCGUCCCGCAAAGACCGUGAGUCCUUUGAUGCGUCGCGUUCUGGAUCUGACCUGGCCCAUGGCCCGUACCGGACGGCGGAUUACUAUGAUCCCCAGGGCGAUGACAGACUGCGGUCCAACUAUACGCUAGAGGAUCAACAGCAAGAGAACCGCCCUCCGUCACCUUUGGUUCCGUCCCAGGUCUCGGAGGCCCCGAAAUACCGAGCGCACCGGGACAGUCUAGAUCUCCAGCAUCCCCAGCCGCGCCAAGGGCCUACCGGGCGAUACCAGUCGCAAUUGGAAAGCCAAGCUCGCAUUUACGGCAUGCCGGCGGGCGCUACCUAUGACCAGUGGGGUUCUAACCCCAGCUUGUCUGGUGCCAACGCCAUCCAGGGAUACGGCGGCAGCCCUCUGUCCCCGAUCUCCGAUGCGGACAUGUCGGAAACCAGCUCACGGGCAAACCGACAGCCGGGACCCCCGCGGCCUCCCAAGAUCAAAGAUGACGGCCCAUUGAUUCCGGAGCGGGCGUCCAAGGUCAGCAGCAAUGAUGACGAGCGGUCUUACGGCGAUCGUGUUGUCUCAAGGUUCUGCCAUGAACGCCUCUCCGCGUAA